AUGGUACAAAACCAGGCAGACGUUGACACGUCUGCACUUUACCAGAGAUUUUACUUCCACCCUAAUUGGACCCAAAAUAAGGUAUUUUGGGAUGAUAGAUUUGAAACCAGGUAUAAUAAAGAAAAAGGAAAUACGAAAAAACCGCAUCUCAAGGUGAUUUUGGUUCCCCAUUCGCAUAAUGAUGCAGGUUGGCUUUUGACAUUCGAGCAGUACUUUGAGACAAAAACUAGAAAUAUUUUGAACAACUUGGUUAAAAAAAUGAGUGAAUAUCGCAAAUUGACAUUCGUCUGGGCUGAAAUUUGUUUUUUGCAGACUUGGUGGGAUCAGGCACAUCCCAUAAAACAAAAGGCGUUCAAAGAGUUUGUCCAAGCUGGAAGAAUAGAAAUAGCAACCGGUGGUUGGGUUGUCACUGACGAAGCCAAUGUGCACCUGUUUGCAAUGUGGAACCAACUUGUAGAAGGUCACCAAUGGUUAAAACUCAACCUGAACGUUACACCAACAACAGGCUGGUCCAUCGACCCUUUUGGACACAGUAGCACAUUUCCUUAUAUUUUAAGUAAUUCUGGAAUCCAUAGGACUAUUAUACAGAGAAUUCAUUUUGCUUGGAAGCAGUGGUUUGCUUGGAAGAGAUUUGGAGAUUUUAUGUGGGUUCCUGGAUGGAGAAUCGAAGAUUUGGACAAAACACCAAGAGGCCAAAAAAAUCAUAUAGCAGAUUUUGGUCAUAUCCAUAAAUCUGUGGUGAACAAUUUUUUAAAUAAAGACAAACGAUAUAUUGGUGAAAAUAAAAUAUCUGGUGAUGCAUUGGAUAAAAAUCCAAAAGACUCAAGUUCUGAUUAUCUGAUGAUUGACAAAGAUACAUCCGACAUAAUAAAUUUUGGUAAAAAUGAAUUUAGUAGUUUCAAAUCUCCAAAAACUGACCAAAUUCCCAAAGAUAAAUCUACAAACAAUAAAGCACACGGAGAAAAAUUGGAAAAUGAUAAUAGUCCAAGACAUAUUUUGGAUUAUUACUCUAAGAUAAAAGAUCAGAUGAUAAAACGUCCAAAACGAACAGUAAUAAAUACAGAAAACAUGCACAAUCGAGACAUCAACGUUCAAAACAAGGCAAAAAAUCCAAAUAUAGCUCCAAAAGGCAAACUUAAAAUUAAAAAAUCUAUAUCCCGUUUAGUCAAACCAAAAAAUUCAAUCCUGGCCCACAAUAUGCCCUUCGAUCUCUAUUCCAUCGAUUACACUUGUGGCCCUCAUAGGAACAUAUGUGCACAAUUCGAUUUUAAUUACAAUCAAAGAGUGUCAAUCUUCGAUGAUUUUCCAGUAGAGUUCAUAGAUAAAUAUAAUGUGCAGGAAAAAGCAGAGUUGCUGCUGGAGCAAUAUUCGAAAUCUGCAAGUUUGUUUUCGCAUAAUGUGCUGAUUGUUCCUCUUGGGAGUGAUUUUAGUUAUCAUGAAGAAAUACAACUCGACCAGCAGUACAACAACUACAAACAUCUAGCCGCUUAUAUAAAUAAAUAUCGAUCAAGAUAUGGAGCAGAAAUAUCUUUCGGUACGCCUCGAGAUUAUUUUGAAGCUAUUGAAAAACGAACAACAGAGGCACGACAACAGUUUCCAAAAAUUGCUGGAGAUUUCUUUGUGUAUUCUGAUAUAUACAAUGAUGGCGAACCAGCUUAUUGGUCAGGAUACUAUACGACUAGACCUUAUAUGAAAAUAUUGGACAGAACUGUUGAACACAACUUAAGGAAUGCUGAGAUUUUAUACACAAUAGCCACCAAUAGAGCACGUCAACUAUCCCAGCACCCAAACAGCUCACAAAAAUACUCUUCCCAUUUGCGAAUCCUUGAAAAACAUUACGACAGUCUGAUUCGUGCCAGAAGGCAUUUGGCAUUGUUUCAGCAUCACGAUGCCAUUACUGGAACUUCCAAACAAGCAGUCAUGAAGGAUUUUGGAUUGAAACUGUUCGAAGCUUUGCAAAUUGCCAACAAGAUACAAGAAGACUCCAUCGAGGGUUUACUUGUUGAACACAAGGAAAAAGACAGAGAUGAUUUGAAAGGUUUUAUUUUGAAGGAUAUCGAGAAGGAGAGUUAUGAUAAGUUGGAUAGAAAGGUUCGUAUAUCGAUGUCGAGAGACAAGAGACAAAUCGUGAUGUUCAACUCGCUUCCGCAAGAACGUUCUGAAGUCGUCAUAAUACGCGUGAACGAUACCAAAAUAGCAAUUCUUGACGACCAGAAUAAUGAGGUACGCAUACAAAUCAGUCCUGUUUGGAACACGUCCACAACUCUACCACAAUGGACAAUAUCCGAUAAAGAAUUUGAAGUAUCCUUCAUAGUCCGCCUACCACCUUUAAGUUUAUCUACAUACUCCAUAAUCACAACCAAGCAAGAAGAUCCCAAAAACUUUGCGACUAUCUAUUGCAACAAAUGCUUCAAUACAACAAUGUUUCCACUUCAACCAAUUCCAUCCGGUGAUAUCAAGUUGGAAAAUAAAGAUUUAAUCCUAUCGCUUGAUGGUGACAGCGGAUUUUUAAAAACCAUAAUGCAUAAAAAUUUCUGGAAAAGUAGUGGUGAUGAAAGUACAUUUGAGACAAUCAAAUGUAAUAUUAAUUUUGGGUAUUACAAGGGUGCCGAAAUAGCCGAUACUUCAGGAGCUUAUUUGUUCAAACCUGAUCCGAAUGCUACUGAGUUGGAUAAGAAAAUUUUGAGAGAUUUGUCUCCAAAUAUAAUAAUAACAAAAGGACCAAUAUUGAGUGAACUUACAGCUGUGUACGAAAAACUCCUAUCACAUACUACACGAAUAUACAAUUUUAAAACUGGUGAUCAUCCUUCCAAAAAUAGCGAAUUAAUGCGUGCUGUAUAUUUGGAAACCUUGGUCGACUUACGAGUAUUUUCCAAAAGCAUUGCAUUGAACACUGAACUGUUCCUCAGGUUGCAAACAAAUAUCGACAAUGAUUUACCACCAGUGUUCUACGCUGAUUCUAAUUCUUUUCAAUACCAUAAGAGAAACUUUAUUCCAGAAAUUGAAGCUGAAGGCAACUAUUACCCGAUAACCAGUAUGGCUUUCAUUCAGGAUUGCAAGAUUAGAUUAACGUUCAUAACAGAUCAUGCACAAGGUGCUGCUAGUUUAUAUCCAGGACAAUUAGAAGUAAUGUUAGAUCGAAGAAUAUUUAAUGAUGAUAAACGUGGAAUGGAUGAAAUGCUUGUUGACAAUAAACCGACUGUUUUUAAAAACUGGUUACUUGUUGAAAGUGUUGACUCAGAAGAGAAUGAUUUAAAACAGAGCAAAGAGUAUCAAUUACCAAGUUUGGCAGCUACAAGAUUAGCAGAUGCUUUGAAUUAUCCGCUUAACAUCUAUUCUGUGGAAGAACCAAAUGCAAGCUCUACUUACAACAUGAACAACAAAAUGGAUGAGUCUAACUCUAAAACUGAGUACACGACAAUAAGCCAGGACAGAAGUCGAGUUCCUUUAAUAUCACAUCCUUUGCUUUGCGACAUGAGAUUAAUCAAUCUGAGAAUACUAAGCGAUGAGACUUAUCAUCAAUUUCCUGGUUCGAAUGCUCUGUUGAUGUUGCACAGACAGGGUUACAGUUGUCGAAUAGGUGGCACAAAUCCUUCGGACACUUGUCACAAUACAAGAAUGCAUCCUGAUACUACAUUGACUGAUGUUAAAAUAAAGAAAUUAACCAAGACUAGUCUGACAGGUGUUAAGGAUUUGGAGCUGGUUAAAAACUUGGGAGAUAUUUUUGUCGAGAGGAUGGAUUUGGCAAUGUACAGGAUAGAUUUUGCAUAA